AUGUCCCCCUUUUCCUUCCGUCGCCCUCGCGAUAUCCCUUCCCCCUCCCGUCGCCUGUCCGCUCUCUCUCCCGUCGCCUUUCCGCUCCCCCCGCCAUCGCCUUCGUGCUCUCUCUCCCGUCGCCUUCGUGCUCUCCCUCCCGUCGGCUUCGCGCCCUCCCUCCCGUCUCCUUCGCGCUCUCCCUCCCGUUGCCUGUCCGCCCUCCCUCCCGUCUCCUUCGCGCUCUCCCUCCCGUUGCCUGAACCCCCGUCCCUCCCUUCGCCUUCGCGCUCUCUCUCCCGUCGCCUGUCCGCUCCUCCUCCCCUCGCCUUCGUGCUCUCUCUCCCGUCGCCUUCGUGCUCUCCCUCCCGUCGGCUUCGCGCCCUCCCUCCCGUCUCCUUUGCGCUCUCCCUCCCGUUGCCUGUCCGCCCUCCCUCCCGUCUCCUUCGCGCUCUCCCUCCCGUUGCCUGUGCGCCCUCCCUCCCUUCGCCUUCGCGCUCUCUCUCCCGUCGCCUGUCCGCUCCCCCUCCCCUCGCCUUCACGCUCUCCCUCCCGUCGGCGCCCUCCCUCCCGUCUCCUUCGCGCUCUCCCCCACGUUGCCUAUCCACCCUCCCUACCUUCGCCUUCGCGCUCUCUCUCCCGUCGCCUGUCCGCUCUCCCUCCCAUCGCCUUAUCGCUCUCCCUCCCGUCGCCUUUCUCCUUCCCCACUUCAUCUCCUAUCGCUCACGUCCUCCCCUCCCAUCGGCAUCGCGCUCACGUUCCGCCCUCCCGUCACCAUCGCGCUCACGUGCACCUGUCUUCGCAUCGCCUUCGUGCUCAUGGCCUCCCCUCCGAUCACCCGCCACGCAGGCAUCCGCGGAGCCUGGCGGCAUCAUGGCGCAGCGCAGCACGGCGGCGGGCGUGACGUUUUCGCUGAUUGACGAGGACCACACCAUCGGGAACUCCGUGCGCUUCAUUCUCAACCAGGACCCCCGUGUGAGCUUCUGCGGCUACUCAGUGCCACACCCAUCCGACAACAAAGUGAACAUCCGCGUGCAAACAACAGCUAUCCCCCCACACCUAUCCCCACACACCCCCCCACACCUAUCCACGGCUAUCCCCCCCACACUUAUCCACCCACACCUACGCACCCACACCUACCCCCCCACACCCAACCCCCCCCACACCUACCUCCCCACGCCUUUUCCCCCCCAUACUUACCCCCCCACAUCUAUCCCCCCACACCCAUUCCCCCCCACACCUUUCCCCCCACACCUUUCCUCCCACACCUUCCCCCCCACAUCUUUCUCCCCACACCUUUCCCCCCAACACUUAUCAUCCCCCCCACGGGCCACGCCUAUCCCCCCCACACUUAUAAUCAUACGCAUCUUUAUACCCUCACACCCAUCCCUUCACACCCAUCCCCUCACACCCACCCCCUCACAUCCAUUCCCUCACACCCAUUCUCUCACACCCAUCCCCUCACACCCAUUCCCUCACACCACCCUCUCACACCCACUCCCUCACACAACCCCCUUACACCCAUUCCCUUACACCCAUUCCCUCGCACAACCCCCUUACACCCAUUCCCUUACACCCAUUCCCUCACACAACCCCCUUACACCCAUUCCCUCACACAACCUCCUUACACCCAUUCCCUCACACAACCCCCUUACACCCAUUCCCUCACACAACCCCUUUACACCCAUUCCCUCACACAACCCCCUUACACCCAUUCCCUCACACAACCCCCUUACACCCAUUCCCUCACACAACCCCUUUACACCGAUUCCCUCACACAACCCCCUUACACCCAUUCCCUCACACACUGCCAGUGCAGGCGACCCGGCAAGGGAGGUGCUCAAGGGCUCAUCCCUAUCCCUUCGCACAUAUGCCUACACCCCAUCAAUACCACCCUUAACACAUGCCGGUGCAGGUGACUGGGCAGGAGCUAUCCCCUCACACACAUCCCUUUCCUCACACAUGCCCUUCCUCACAUCUAUCUGCACACGCCACCCUGCAGGCGAUCCGGCAAGGGAGGUGCUCAAGGACGGGCUGCUGGAGCUGGCCGGCUUCUGUGAGCACGUGACACGCACGUUUGACGCCGCCUUUGACAAGUUUGAGCGGCGGCGGCGAGGCGAAGCAGUUGAGGAGGAAGGGGAAGAGGAAGCGGGAGAGGACCAAGGGGAUGAUGAGGACAUGCAGGAUGCGUCUUGA